UCGUUGUGGGAGGGGCGUGUCUCGUGCCCAGGAAGUGACGUCAUGUCACCUACUACCGCGUGACGUCACGAGGUAACAGGAAGCUGUCGCCCCGCGCGUGCAGUGAAAUCCGAGCCCAAGCCCGCCUGAGCUGCUAUAACGCUCUUGUUUACAGAAGCCACCUGCCCACGACACAAGAAUUGGUCUGAUGGAGCAAAGGCACUCGGCGCGGCUCGGUGCGACAAGGCAACAAUGCGACCGGUGUGCAUACAGCACGGAUCAUACUGCAAAUUUGACACGGCACCAGAGAACUCACACGGGAGAGAAACCCUUCAAGUGCAGUGUGUGUGGGAAGGCGUUUGCACAGUCAUCAAAUCUUGUAGAACACCAGAGAACACACACGGGAGAGAAACCCUUCAAGUGCAGUGUGUGUGGGAAGGCGUUUGCACAGUCAUCUACUCUUGUAAAACACCAGAGAACACACACGGGAGAGAAACCCUUCAAGUGCAGUGUGUGUGGGAAGACGUUUGCAGAGUCAUCUUCUCUUGUAAAACACCAGAGAACACACACGGGAGAGAAACCCUUCAAGUGCAGUGUGUGUGGGAAGGCGUUUGCAGAGUCAUCUUCUCUUGUAAAACACCAGAGAACACACACGCGAGAGAAACCCUUCAAGUGCAGUGUGUGUGGGAAGGCGUUUGCAAAGUCAUCUACUCUUGUAAUACACCAGAGAACUCACACGGGAGAGAAACCCUUCAAGUGCACUCCGUGCGGGAAGGCGUUUGCACAGUCAUCAAAUCUUCAUCACCAGAGAACACAAACAGGAGAGAAACCAUUAAAGUGCACUGUGUGUGGGAUGGCGUUUGCAUGGCCAUCAGUCCUUACAAGACACCAGAGAACACACACGGGAGAGAAACCCUUCAAGUGCACUGUGUGUGACGAGGCAUUUGCAUGGCGAUCUUCUCUUAAAAGACACCAGAGAACACAUACAGGAGAGAAACCCUUCAAGUGUACUCUGUGCGGGAAGGCGUUUUCUGUUUUCCAUCUUCUCGUAAUACACCAGAGAACACACACGGGAGAGAAACCCUUCGAGUGCAGUGUAUGUGGGAAGGCAUUUUCACAGUCAUCUGUUCUUAAAAGACACCAGAGAACUCACACAGGAGAGAAACCCUUCAAGUGCAGUGUGUGUGGGAAGGCAUUUUCACAGUCAUCUGUUCUUAAAAGACACCAGAGAAUACACACAGGAGAGAAACCCUUCAAGUGCAGUGUGUGUGGGAAGGCAUUUACACAGUCAACUGCUCUUGUAACACACCAGAGAACACACACAGGAGAGAAACCCUACAAGUGCAUUCUGUGCGGGAAGACGUUUUCAGAUUCUUCCAAUCUUAAAGUCCACCAGAGAACACACAAGCAUCAGAAU